GAUCUGUUCCAUAUCUACACCCUAUGAUGAUCGCUGCGGCGUUUUUGGUGCUGCUCAGGCCGUACAGUAUCCAGUAUGUGCUGCUCUUGCUGCUGCUUUUAAUUGGGACUAUUGCGACUAUUUUGUUUUUCUGCUGCUGGCAUCGGAGGCUUCGCGAUGGGAAGCAUCCAAUAAAAUCGGUUCUUUCCGGCGGGCGCUCCAGGAGUCGCGUUGGUCUGAGAACGCAUCAUUUUCGAUCAGAGGGUUUCAGGCACAGUCCACGUCACUUAAGAAGGAGUGUGCACUCUCGAGUGAUCGAGGAAAAACCCAGCCUGGUGGAGGUUCCUGAGAGCGAAGCAGACUCAUCCUCAACUCUCCGAAAACGCAAAGUGAAGAAGAGAGUCCCAGCAGACUUCUACCAGUCUGUGCAAGUCACCCCCACCCGUAAAGCUAGCUCCAGUUCGGGGAACCCUUCCCUGCUCUGCUCCAUGUCUUCCUCGGCGGAUGUCUCGGACGACGAGGACUGCAGCUUUAAAUCCGGAUCGGCAUCUCCGGCACCCGGUGACACUUUACCUUGGAACCUUCCCAGACAUGAGCGGUCCAAGAGGAAGAUCCAUGGCAGAUCUGUGCUGGAUCCGGCAGAGAGAGCUGUGCUUAGGAUCGCAGAUGAAAGAGACAGAGUGCAGAAGAAGACCUUUACAAAAUGGAUAAACCAGCAUCUAUUAAAGGUGCGAAAGCAUAUCAACGACUUGUACGAAGACUUACGUGAUGGACAUAACCUGAUCUCACUGCUGGAGGUUUUGUCUGGAGAUACACUGCCUCGGGAAAGAGGAAGGAUGCGUUUCCACAGACUCCAAAAUGUCCAAAUUGCCCUGGAUUAUUUAAAGAGGCGGCAGGUCAAACUUGUAAAUAUCAGGAAUGAUGACAUCACAGAUGGAAACCCAAAACUGACCUUGGGGUUGAUCUGGACCAUCAUUUUGCACUUUCAGAUCUCAGAGAUCCAUGUGACAGGGGAGUCUGAGGACAUGACAGCCAAGGAGAGACUGCUGCUCUGGUCCAAGCAGAUAACAGAUGGCUAUGUUGGCGUACGGUGUGAUAACUUUACAACUUCCUGGAGAGAUGGAAGGCUUUUUAAUGCUAUCAUCCAUAAAUACAGACCAGAUUUGGUUGACAUGAGUCGGGUGUCGGCACAAACCAAUCGCUCGAACUUGGAGCAGGCCUUUUCUGUAGCUGAACAGUUGGGUGUGGCCAGAUUGCUGGACCCUGAGGAUAUGGACGUUCAGUCUCCAGAUGAAAAAUCUGUCAUCACGUACGUGUCAACACUGUAUGACGCCUUCCCCAAAGUACCCGAUGGUGUUGAUGGAGUGAGUCCUAAUGAUGUUGAUAUCAAAUGGGUGGAAUACCAGAACAUGAUCAAAUACCUCAGUCAGUGGAUUAAACACAACGUGGCUGUAAUGUCAAACAGAUCCUUCCCCAACAACCCUGCAGAACUAAAGGCACUUUAUACACAGUAUAUUCAAUUUAAAGAACAUGAAAUUCCACAAAAAGAAAACGAGAAAACAAAAAUCCAGAAUCUCUACAAGAUGCUGGAGAUGUGGAUCGAGUUUGGACGUAUUCAGCUGCCCCCGGGUCAUCAUCCAAAUGAUGUGGAGAAGGAAUGGGGUAAAUUGAUCGUUGCCAUGCUUGAAAGAGAGAAGAGCCUGCGGCCAGAGAUGGAAAGACUUGAAAUGUUGCAGCAGAUCGCCAACAGAGUCCAGCGGGACUGUGUUAAUGGUGAGGACAAGCUGGCUCUGGCAAGGACAGCCCUGCAGUCUGAUGCAAAACGUCUUGAAUCCGGAAUUCAGUUCAUGAACGAGGCUGAGAUUGCCAGCUAUCUCGUGGAGUGUGAAAAUAUUCUCAGACAGCAAGUAGUGGACAUCCAAAUUCUUCUAGAUGGAAAGUUUCCAUUUGCAGAUCAACUUGUUCAAAGGGUGUCAAAACUCCGGGAUGAUCUUCUGACUCUGAGAGCCGAGUGCUCCUCUGUGUACAGCCAAAGUCGCACCCUGUCUACAGAGCAAACCAAAAUGAUGAUCUCCGGCAUUACACAGAGCCUGAACUCCGGCUUCUCCCAGAGCAUCAACUCAAGCCUGACCUCCAGCAUUGGUCAAGUACUCACUCCAAGUGGCUUAAGUACACCUGGGUCCACCUUUACCUCAAGCCUUACACCCUGUCUGACCCCAUCCUUGACGCCCGGUCUUCAGCCCUCUUCAGUCCAGAGCUAUAUGGGAAGUGGGGGGGGCAUGGAGCCAGGCAGCCUGAUGCAUUUAAAACACAUGCAGAUCCGUAAGCCUUUACUGAAGUCCUUAUUGGCAGACCCCAACAUGACAGAGGAGGAAGUCAACAUGAAAUAUGUGCAGGACCUCCUGAACUGGGUGGAGGAGAUGCAGCUGCAGCUCGACCGGUCAGAGUGGGGCUCUGAUUUGCCAACCGUGGAGAUGCAUUUGGAGAACCAUAAGGGCGUUCACAGAGCCAUUGAAGAAUUUCAGAUGAGUCUUAAAGAUGCCAAGCUGAGUGAGAUUCAGAUGACUUUACCCCUGAAGCUGAAUUACUCUGACAAACUUAACAAACUGGAGAGGCAGUAUGAAAGGCUGCUGAGCUGCUCACGGGAACGACAAAACAACCUGGAGAACUUGCACGACUUUGUGUCACAAGCAACUCAAGAAUUGAUCUGGCUGAAUGAAAAGGAGGAAGAGGAGGUGGCCUUUGACUGGAGCGAUCGCAACAGCAGCAUUUCCAAAAAGAGAGACUACCAUGCUGAUUUGAUGAGGGAGUUGGAUGAAAAAGAGGAGGCCAUCAAGUCUGUACAGGACAAGGCAGAGCGCCUCAUGUUCAAGAACCACCCUGCCAGGCUGACGAUUGAAGCAUACAAAGCUGCGCUGCAGACUCAGUGGAGUUGGAUCUUACAGCUCUGCUCAUGUGUGGAACAGCACCUUAAGGAGAACGCUGUUUAUUUUGAGUUUUUCAGUGAUGCCAAGGAGUCCAUGGACUACCUUAAAAAUCUGCAAGACUCCAUUCAGAGAAAGUACAGCUGCGAUCGAUCAAGCAGUCUACACAGACUGGAAGAUCUCAUUCAAGAGUCCAUGGAUGAAAAAGAGCAGCUUCUUCAGUACCGCAGCACUGUUGCUGGGUUGGUGGGUAGAGCCAAAAACAUUGUUCAGCUCAGACCCAGGAGCCCAGAGAGUCCUCUUAGAUGCUCCAUUCCUGUCAAAGCUAUUUGUGACUACCGUCAGAUAGAGAUUACCAUCUACAAAGACGAUGAGUGCGUUUUGGCCAAUAAUUCUCACAGAGCCAAGUGGAAAGUCAUCAAUCCAGCUGGGAACGAGGCAAUGGUUCCCUCUGUGUGCUUUACUGUGCCACCCCCUAACAAAGAGGCUAUUGACAUGGCAACAAAAACUGAGCAGCUGUAUCAGAACGUCUUGGCCUUGUGGCACCACUCCCACAUCAACAUGAAAAGUGUGGUGUCUUGGCACUAUCUAAUGGGAGACAUACGUGCAAUCCGCAACUGGAAUGUGUCCUCGAUAAAGACGAUGCUGCCCGGUGAGCACCAGCAGGUCCUGAGCAGCCUGCAGUCCCACUUUGACGAGUUCCUGGAGGACAGUGAGGAGUCAGAGGUGUUCACUGUGGCUGAUUGUGCACAGCUUGAAAGAGAUGUGGCAGGCUGCAAGGAGUACUACCAAGAACUCCUUAGAUCUGCUGAGAGAGAGGAACAUGAGGAGUCGGUUAACAAUCAUUACAUCUCAGAAAUCCGCAACUUCCGUAUGCAUCUGGAGGCUCAUGAGGAACACCUGAUCAGACAGAUCCGCACACCGCUGGAGAGGGACGACUUGGAGCAGAGUCUGCAGCGCAUCACAGAGCAUGAGAGAAAGAUGGCUGAGCUGGAGAGGCUGAAAGAGGAUCUGGACGUCCUGAAGGGGAAGUGUGACCUUUUCCUCAGGCAGGCUGCAGGUUCUCCGUCUGUGUCGAUGCUUUCAUCCGAACUCUCUACCCUCCUUCAGAACAUGGGCCAAGUGUCUUCCAUGUCUUCCAUUUAUAUGGACAAACUGAAAACAGUGAGUUUAGUGGUGAAGCACAGCCAGAACGCAGAGACUCAUGUUAAGACGUACGAGUCGAAACUCUACGAGGAGGACGCCAUGAACUCAGACAUCAGAUCCAUUGAAAGCGUAAUUUCUACACUUAAGCAAUGGCGUGCAGAGAUUGAUGAGAGGCAGGAAGUAUUCCACGACAUGGAGGACGAGCUGCAGAAAGCUCGGGUCAUCAGUGAUCGCAUGUUUAAGGCCCACAACGAGCGCGACUUCGACCUCGACUGGCACAAGGAGAAGGCUGAUCAGCUGAGUGAGAGGUGGCAGAGCAUUCACUCACAGAUUGACGGCAGGCUUCGAGAUCUGGAUGGAAUUAGUAAAUUACUGAAGCACUACAGAGAGUCCUACAGCAGUGUUGAUGAAUGGAUUAGAGAACUGGAAACAGCCCAGCUGAAGGCCCAAGAAAACAAACCCGAUGACAGCAAGGCUCUGGCUGAGCUGCUGAACAAGCAAAAGGUGCUUGUUUCUGAAAUUGAACAAAAACAGAGCAAGAUCGACAUGUGUCAGAAGUACUCAGAGCAAUAUUCAUGUGCUAUUAAGGAUUAUGAACUUCAGCUGAUGACAUUUAGAGCAAUGGUGGACUCGCAACACAAAUCUCCCCUAAAGAAACGCAGGAUGCAGAGUUCCUCAGAUGCCAUCCAGCAGGAGUUUAUGGAUCUGCGAACCCGCUACACUGCUCUUGUGACUCUCAUCACACAGUAUGUGAAGUUUGCCAGCGAAACACUCAAAAGAGCUGAAGAUGAAGAGAGAUCUGUUGAUGAGGAGAAGAGAGAGCAUGGUGAUAAGGUUAGCAAGCUGUUACACUGGAUGUCCGAUGUGAAACGAACCGUGAACAAUGAUGCAAAAGCCCUGAAAGAUACUAAUGCCAACACAGAUGCUUCAAAUAAGCCCAAGGUGUCCGUUGAGGAAAUGGUUGCCAAAAAAGAGCAAGUUGCAGAAGCGCUCAAGGGCACGCAAAUGAUGCUCAACAAACACGGUGAAAAAAUGACAGAAGAAGAUAGAACGAAGGCAGAGGAGCAACUGGCGGCUCUGAGUGAGGCUUACAGCGAACUUUGCCAGCAAUGCUCCGAUCAGACAAACUCUGCAGAUGAGGGCUUCAAAACGACCCAAUGCUUGAUGGAUGAAGUAACGUGGGCCGCUUUCCCAGAGUCCAUCAUGACCCCCAACCCCUCUCUGUCUGGGACAAAUGACCAUAUGGACCGUGAAAAAAAUGUCAUGUACCAGUCUGCACCAAAGCACCCUUCACAGUACGAAGCAGACAAAUGCAUACAAAGUUUGCACAUUUCUUCUGUGUCCCUGUCCGACGUGGCAGCAGCAAGGAAAGGAUUUGAAUGUGAAGAACUGGUCAUUAAGGUCAUAGAGAUCAGUGAGGAGGCAGAUGGUGUGGAUGUGUGGUACACAGGAGACACACUGACCCUGGACAAAGCUUUUGAGUGCAGUCUCAUUCCCGCUUCUCUGUAUGUUGAAAUACUCCAGAGACAGAAGAUAAAUCAUGGUUUUGAUGAAAACCUUUUUCUUCUUGAAAAGCAGUUGGAACCUUGUGACAUUGAAGGAAUGAUACUAACCUGCCUCAGCAGGCCUAAAUCGAAUGAACCAGAGAGAAAUGUAAAGACUUUAAGGGCUGUAAAUGUUGGCCUAAAGGAUCAGAAAAUCCCAUCAAGGCAGCUUUCAGGUCAGAUAGGUGUAGGUAGAGAAAAAGAUAGAAAUGUGUUAGAGGAAAGCUCUCAAGGGGGUGUUAAUUUGAGGGUGGAUGCAGCUGUUCAGUGUGAUUUGAUGAGUUGCAGCUGCUGGCUCACUGUUUUGGGACACCAGCAGCAGUUUUUGGGGCUUGUUUUGCCAAAGUCUGAUCAAACCAUGAUCACUUCCCUCCAGCAUGAUAAACAAAUCAAUGUGAUCAGCAGUGGACUAUUGAGUAAUCCAGUAAAAAUGGCAGCGUUUUAUAUUCCAGAGUAUUCAGAGGUGAUGGAUUUCACUACUGCUGUUCACAAUGGUUUCAUCGACGCUCACGCAGCAGAGGUGCUGAAAUCUCUUGAGAUUCCUGAUGAGCUUCCUGAUAUUAAUGACCUUAAUGAAAAGUUUUCAUCUUGGCUCAUACAUAAAAACGUAUCGGUUGAGGGAUGGCAGUGUAGUUCUGAGGGUGCAGAGGUGAGUAAACCCACUCCCACAGAGGUAGAGCAGUUGUUCAUUUCACACCUGAUGAUCAAUAGUUACAUCGAUCUAAAGUCGGCUCAGAGGGUGCUAAUCCUCGACAGUCAUUUGACUCGAGUGGCUCAGGCUUUUCUUGAAGACUUGAAGCCCACUGGUGUGAAGAUGCUUUCACACCUCAACAGAGGAAUAGAGAACACUUUUUAUUCAGAUGAUGUUUUUAAGGACAACGUUAACAUGACAUUUGAUGAAAACUCACAUCUUUUAUUUGAGCCACACAGUUUUUCCUCUGUAAGCACUAAAACCAAAAGGUUUGAUGCAAAGCCUUUUACAGCUGACGUGCUGGAUAAUGGAGGCAGUGUAAAUACAAUAGAACCCAUGGUGCAAGAUGAAGGCCAAUCAAAAGACAGUUCCAACUGGAAUAGCUUAAAUUAUUCAGAACAGAAAAAAUACAAAAAUGAAUCAGAAUUUGAGUUUGAAAACCGUUUCAGCCUUGAUGGUCAAUCAUCUCCAGAGAUAUCAGGAUCUUCAAAAUUCUCCAUGAAGUCACAAUGUGAUGUGAUUGAUUCUGAGUCAUCAUUUACAUCUUCCCUUCAGAAACCGUACUUUAGUAAAUCAGUGAGGGUGGAUAACAGUCAGACUGAGUUUUUGUCCUUUGAUCACCUAAAGGAGAAAGAAAGCCCAUCUGAUUACUCUGUUCCAUCUAUGUAUGGCCAAAGGGCAGCAGGAUGUCCUUCAGACAAAGAUCCUGAGGGAUAUUGUGACUUCACAGAAGCUUUUAACAGGAGAGCAGUGGAUGUAAAGUUUGCCCCUGAGCUGGAUGAGCCACAGUUAGUUGAAGAAAUGUGCAUUUUAAAGGCUGAGGAGGAGACAGCAUGUGGUCUGAAUCGGUCAAACCCAACUAAAAUACUACAAAACUUAUCUACGUUUCCAUGCAAUCAAAGUAGUGAUCUAUUUCCUAUUGUAUCAUCUGAAAACAAUAACAUUGAUCCUCAAAACAGCGUUUAUUCCCAUGGAAACACCUUUGCAUUCACUUCGGAGGGCGGCAGGAUAUUCUUACCUCAUUUUCAUAAAGCCGAAAAUGUGCAGGAGCCGCCUGAAAGGAAAGUUGCUGUCAUGUUCCUUGAUUCACCCAAAGAGUACUCAGAGAGUGCAGAUAUAGACAACGAGAAAAAGUCAGAAACCAGAACAGACCGUGAGCAUCACUCUCAUCAGCAUGAAAUGAACUCACCGUCCUCUUGGAGCGAGACACCAGCAGACUGUUGUCCUCAGGCCGUGAAUGGUACCUCAAUGCUCAUAAUCAGUGAGGACCUGACAGGAGGAGCUGGCAUCAGCGGAACUUUGGUAGACAGUUCUGCUUUGACAGAGUCGGUAUUAACCCCUUAUGUCUGUUCUGACACACAAAGUCAACACAUCACCUCUGCUUUCCCCUCAUGCCAGUCAAGCAGCCCCCCCACUGAUGAUGUUCUCACUGAUGGAUUGGAUGCUGGUCUUUUUGUGGUCCCAUCAUUCCAUAAUGAUAUGUGUGCAAAAAACAAUACAGAAACUGACAGAAGUGAUGCUCGCUCAUCUUUGGAUGGAGAUCCAGCUAGGAGUGGAGAGUGCUCCUCCUGCUCCUGGGGUUUACAUGCAGAUGGAGUCAUGUCUCCAUUAGAGGAUUGUAGCAACUAUGACAUACGCUGUACGGAAAAUAGCAAUAGAAUUGCCUCACCUCAGCAACCGGGGCCUCUUUUGAGAGCCGACUUCAUCGUUGAACCAAAGCCUUGCUGUUUUCAGAACGCUCAGAUUGAAAUUUUAACUCCUCCUCAGCUUCUUUCUUCAUCUCAGUCACCAACUGCUCUCAGUAACCUGAAUGCAGAAGACAUCAGUCACAUGCGAUGUGAUAUGACGGAUUCAAUACAGACUGAUGAAGAUUUUGUGGGUUCAAACAGUAAAAGAAAUUAUUCUGAAUUUCAGAAUGAGAGUCUUUCCCUUCCAAGACAACAUGGUGGCACUUGUGAGGUUUUUGGUGAUUCUGGGAAGAACUUUGCAUCAUGGCAGGAGACGAGCAAUGAUAAUGGAAAUGCACUGUGCUCUGAUCCACCAGACAUUUCCUUUAGACAUCCAAUAACAGAAGAAAAUGCAGGGUCUUCCUGCCAGGCAGAUUUAAAAAAAGUAGAUGAAAGCUUUUCUGACCAUUCUCAGGUGGCUGCAAAUGUCCUUUCAGAAAGCUGCAAUGCAUCUACAGGUACCUCCUCAGAAUCACAUUCUAAUUCUUCACAGAUAGUUUCAGAGGAUUGUAAUGAAAAUCUACUCAAAGACAGUGUUUUGCAUAAGGACAGAGAUGAUCUAGAGCUUCUUGAUUCUCAGAAGAGUAAUGCACCUGGUGGUGUUGUGGACAGCAGUUCUUUGUGUCUUUCCUCGGUUAUCGAGAGCCAGAACACCUUCGAUUCAAACAGCAAAAACAAGGAAAACUCCCAACUUGUGUGUCAGGAGGAUGCAGAACAUCUGGAUGCUCCAAAUUUCCAGCAGCGAUUCCUGCAGCUUUUCCAGACUGUUUCCUCAGGCCAAGAUUUCUCAGUCCUUCAGGAAAUGAUGGACUCACUGAGCAGUGGCCUGGGAACCAGCUCCAUGGAGGAGCGCUGGCACACUUUAGAGAGCAUUCAGGAGGAGAGCUUAGAGGAAGAAGAGGAGGCUGCAGAAGAAAAGUCUAGAGCCCAUUAUGUUGCUGCAACAGUUCACAGAACAUCCGCUCAUGUUUCUGACUUCUCAGAAAAGUUUACAAUCCAGGAUUACCUGGAAUGUACAGGGAAACUUCAAGAUCACGCUGAUGCGUUAGAAGAUCUAAGGAAAGACCUUUCAUCGCAAGAAACUAUAAGCAAGAAUAUGGAAGAACUGCAGAUCUAUCUAGAAGAAUGUCAGGUCUUGGAGUCUGAACUCUCUAGAGUGGGUGAUGUUCUGAUAGCAGAUGUGGAUAAAGCCAAACAGCUCCUAAAUUCCGCUGAUGAGGAUCUUCCCGUUCAAGUUCACAAAGAUUUGGCCUUGGCGUAUCGGCACUUAGAGCCAAACUUCACUGCUGUCUCACAGAUGUGUGCAGAGAAGAAGACGUCCCUCGUUCAAGCAAUGGAUGAAGGACGGGCAUACUUAGAAUCAGAAUACCAAAAACAUCGGAUUGACCUCAACAACCUCAGAAAAUCGAUUCAAAGAGCCUCUGAUUUGUGGGAUGUGAACCUAAAAACAUGUGAUGAGGACCCACAAAGACAUCUGAACCACCAGAACAAGGACACAGAGGAGAAACUUCUCAAAGAAGCCAGGCUUAAGUUGGAGGACGUCACAUUUGACAUCCAGUGCUUCAUUUCUGAAAACGCUCAAUUUCUGAGUCCAGCUCAGAGCAGCUACCUCCUUAAGUUCCUCACCAGCACACAGCGGGCACUCAGGGAGCAGACGGAAAGGAUCAUGGCACAGAGGAGCGCCUUGGAUGUCGCGUUGAACACUAAGGAUGAAAACCAGGAGUCUUUUUCGGCGAAACACAAGGAGUUUACAGAUAAGCUGGAGGACAUGUGUGACAGUCUCACGCUGACAGAGAAUCGUCUGAUUGGCCACAAACAGGAGGCUAAAAGCAUUGAGUGCAUCCCAGACCUGCAGCAGUACCAGCAGGAGCAUCAGGCUCUGCAGAAAGACGUACUGACAAAUGCCAGUGCCUUAAACGAGGUAAUCAGCAGCUCUAAAAAAUAUUUGGAGGAGAACCGCAAUAAGAUGACACCAGAUCAGAUCGCCAUUAUUGAGAGCAAGUUGGAAGAGGCUAAAAGCAAAGCCAGCCUCAUAAACCAGCAGGCGGAGGAGUCCAAGAAAGACUUGGAAAAAAUUGUUACAACAACCAUAAAACAGGAGAGCGAAAAGGCUGCAGCUGUGGAACGACUUGAAGAAAAUAAGAAUAAAAUUGAAGGUCUCCUGGACUGGAUAUCCAACAUAGGGAACGAAAACCAGAGCAGUCAGGAUCACACUGACCAUAUAAGUAAAGAGAAUGGAAACCUGCCGGAGGAAACAUCAGCCAAGGGGCUCAUAGACGAGCAUGAUGAUGCCAAUGGAAAUGCAAUGCAGACCUCCGAAACUGAUUUAGCUGGAAAGAACAGACGCCAGAACGAGUCAGGCCUGGAUCUUGAUGACCAGUAUAGCAAAAUAAAGGCACGCCAUCAGGAGAUUCUGUCCCAGCAGCAGAAUCUGAUUAUGGCCACUCGCUCCACUCAGGCCCUGCUUGACAAACAAGCCAACGUCCUGUCCUCUGAGGAGAAGGAGGCUCUGCAGAAGAACGUUGAGGACCUGCAGGAGCGCUACGAGGCCUCGCUGACUCAGGCAGAACAGCAGAUGAAGCAGGUGCAGUGCGUCCAGGAGGAGCUGAAGAAAUUCAAGGACGACUGUGAGGAGUUUGAAGGCUGGUUGAGUGAGGCUGAUCGAGAGAUGGAGGAGCUUGGCGCUCCGUCAGCAUCCCUCAAUAUCCUGACUGAUAAGCUCCAGCAACAGAAAAGCUUCUCAGAGGAUGUGAUUUCCCACAAAGGGGACCUUCGCUUCAUCACAAUUUCUGGACAGAAAGUGUUGGAUGCAGCUAAAGCCUGUGGUUUGGCUGAUCCCAACAAUCCUCUACUGCACAUAGACACUUCAGGGGCGUGCUCUGCUGUCAAGGAAAAACUGGAUUCAGCUGCAAAUCGAUACAAAACUCUUCAUUCUCAGUGCAACACGCUUGGCAACAACCUCAGGGAAGUUGUGGACAAAUACAAAAAAUAUGAUGACACAAGCACUGACCUUCUGAAGUGGCUCAACAACUCAGAGGAUGAGGCAAGAAAGCAGCAAUCAGAAGCCAUAGCAGCUGACCCACAGAUGCUACAGAAGCAGCUUGAGGAGACCAAGGCUUUGCAAGGUCAGAUGAUGGGACAUCAAACUGCUGUUGAGACGCUACGCAAAACUGCAGAGUCCUUGGUAACAUGUGAAGGAAACCUGUUGAGCAAUCAAGACGAGAUCCAGGAGAUAGUAGACGACAUUGUGGAACGCUAUGACAACCUCUCCAAGUGUGUGAGUGAUCGAAAUGAGAAGCUGCACGUUACCUUGACUCGCUCCAUGAGUGUGCAGGAUGGUUUGCAUGAGAUGAUGGGAUGGAUGGAGGGAGUCGAGGCCAGUUUGAAAGAGAAUGAGUCCAUACCCUUGGACUCUGCUGUUCUUGGAGAUAUUCUCAGUAAAAAAGUGGCUUUGGAGCAAGAUAUAGCAGGUCGACAGAGCAGUAUCUUAACCAUGAAAGAAAAGGUGAGGAAGUUUGCAGAGACGGCUGAUCCUUCCUCAGCCGUAGCUCUGCAGUCCAAGAUGGACGCCCUCUCGCAGCGCUUCUCUGAUGCUUGCGAUAAGCACAAACAGAAGAUUUCCCAGCUGGAAGAAGUGAAAGAAAAGGUCGAGCAGUUUGAGAACACUGCAGAGAAAGUUCACCACGUUGUAGAGAAGCGUAUGAGGGAACUGCAUGAAACAGAUGGACCGGGGAAAACCUUUAGUGAAAUGUCUCAGCUAAUGCAGAGCAUUAAAGAAGAUAUGUCCGGAUGUGGAAAUGAUAUGGAGAAGCUGCAGCAUUUGUCCAAGGAGUUGUCUGGUUUAAAUUCUGAUGGAAAUAAAACAACACUUCAAAGCAAGUUGGACCAUCUCUCUGGCAUUUUCAACACUUUCAAGGACACCGCCAAGGAAAAAGAGGAAGAGCUGUCAUCCUGUCAAGACCAGCUGGGAGAGUUCAGAUGUGCAGCCACCGAGCUCAACCAGUGGCUGGAAGAGACCAAUAAAAAAGUGCCUGCAGUUCUGCCAAGCAGCAGUGAGAAAAACCUGGAAAAGGACCUGCACACGGUUAAUGGGCUUUUGGAGGAGUGGACAUCCAAAGGCCCUGCUGUUCAGGACCUGAACUCGAAAGGAUCAGCUCUGUGCAGCCUCAUCACUUUUAUCACAUUCCCCGCUAAGGCUAAGAUCCUCAACAAAUCAGCUCUUACUAAUGGUGGUGACCCAGCAAGUCAUAUCUACCUAACCAAUAAAGAGCUGAUGGUAAUCCAGCAGAACAUGACAUUUGUCAGCGAAGGAUAUGCAAAGCUCGGGGAAACUCUGAAGAGCCGAGCUGAGCAGAUGAGUAAUCUGCUACAGGAGGUCAAAGAGGUCCAAAAGGAGACAGAGGACAUGAUGACAUGGCUGAAGGGCAUGAAAAACACGGCAGCGUCCUGGAACGAUGCAGCCACCGAAAAAAAAUCUGUGAAAACACAGCUUGAGCAGCAGAAGUCAUUUGAAGAUGGCAUGAAGCAGAAGCAGGAGCAGCUCCUGAAGCUCAGAGAGAGGCUUCUGGGCUUGAUUAGCACCCAUCCCAACUCCCCUGAGGCAGCAAAAUGGAAGCAGAUGCUGGCUGAAAUAGAUACUGCCUGGGCAGAGGUCAAUGGCUCUGUGGAAGAGAGGAAGCUGCACCUGGAACAGUCCAACAAAAACCUGGACGUCUUUCAAACAACUGAGAAGCAGCUUUGUCAGUGGCUUUCAGAAAAGGAGCUGAUGAUGAGUGUGCUUGGACCGCUGUCUGUCGACCCAAACAUGCUUAAAAUGCAGAAGCAACAAGUUCAGAUCCUGCAGAAUGAAUUCAAGAGUCGCAAAUCUCAAUAUGAGCAACUUGAGGAAGCAGCUUCAGCCAUUUUGAGGUCUUCAGUCGACCAGGAGCCUUCAAGUGGAAAGCUGGUGAAGGAGCAGCUUGCUGCUGUCGCUCAGAAGUGGCAAGGCCUCACGGGUCAGCUGGACCAGCGAGAUAGCCUCAUUGAUCAGGGGGUAGUGAAGACUGGGCAGUUUCAAGAGUUGCUAAAGAGCUUGAGUCACACUGCCAACCAGCUGGAGAAUCAGCUUAACAACCAUCAUGCUAGCAGCACUCAGCCUGAUGUUGUGAGGAAACAGCUGGAGGAUGCUCAAAACAUCUCAGCGCAGCUGAAAGAGGAACUGAAGAAGCUGAAGCAGGCUGAAGCCAUCAAUGCGGAGCUCUCAGCGAUGGUGACUGAGGACUAUCUUAAAGCAGACUUGGCCAGGCAGCUGGAAAGUGUCAGCAAGCCUAUAAAACAGCUAGAAGACAAAGCAGCCAAACGAAUCAAGCAGCUGAACCUAACCUUCGCCAGCUCUCAGCAGUUCCAUAAGACCUCCAAAGACUUUGAGUCAUGGCUGGGUAAGAUGCUUUGUCAUCAAUCUGAGCACCAGCCCAUCUCUGCCAAGGUGGAUGUUCUCCAACAAACCAUAGAGGAGCACAGUAAGCUACAGAGGGUUCUGAAGGAAGAGGCUUACAACAGAAUCGUUGGUGAAGGAGAGAGGCUUCUACAGAACACUGAUGGUGCAGAAAAGUUGGCACUGCAGGGACAGCUCACUACGCUCUCCACCAGCUGGGAUGAAGUAAAGAAAAGCUCUGCAGAGCAUGGGGACAAGCUCAGAACUGCUCUGCUGCGAUCUCAGAAGUAUCAGGAGCAUGCAGAGAAACUUAGCUCUUGGAUUCAAGACUGUGAAGCUAGUGUGGACCAAAUUAAACUUGUGCUUGAUCUUGUUCGAACGGAAAACUCAAUGUCUCAGGUGAAAGCGCUUCAGAGGGACAUUGACAAGCACAGGGGGUUGGUGGACCAACUGAAUGCAGAUGUGGAGAGCCUGACUGAACUGGCCAACACAGACACUGAUGCAGUAAAAGAAGAGAAGGAAAACAUCAACAGAAGAGUGGAGAAAUUAGGCGAGGGUCUACAAAGCAAAAGGGAAUCCCUGGAGAAAAUCUCUGUCACCAUUAAAGAGUUUAGUGAAGCCCUCAGGGAGGCAAAAGGACAGCUUGAGGGGGCUAAGAAACAGUUGAAUUCUUAUGAAUCAAUGGGAGUUCAGGCGCACAGCAACAAAAACUUGGCCAACAUGAAGGCCCAGCAGAAGAGCUUAGAAGGAGUCCAGAACCAAGUGGAGCACAUGAAGACUUUGGCCAGGGACCUUGUUGUAGAUGUCCCAGAUGCAGAGGGAGUGACUGACCUCUUACUGCAGUCAGACAGUGUAGAAAAGGAUUACAGGAGCCUCAACAAAAAGCUUGAAGAAACAUGCCAAGAAUUAGAAAGUAAACUGCAGGGGAUUGGACAGUUUCAGAACAGCAUCCGGGAGAUGUUCACCUGUUUUACAGAGCUGGAUGAUGAACUAGAUAACAUGCCUCCAGUCGAUUUGGACUUAACUACACUCAAACAGCAACAAGACAAUGUACAAAAAUUUGUGGCAAAGCUACAAGAGUUGAUGGCCAACACAAUCAAUGCUCGAGACAGCUGUAGGAAGAUGUUGGAGACUGAAUCCUCUCCUGAUCUGAUGGGCCUGAAACGAGAUCUAGAUGCUCUGAAUAAGCAGUGCAGCAAACUCUUGGACCGAGCCCAGGGAAGAGAAGCCCAAGUGAAGAGUACUCUCACCAAGCUGGGGGAGCUGUAUGACAAACUUCAUCACGUGGAAGAUAAACUGUGCACAGCUGUGGACAAGGAAGCAUCGCAGGAGGCGGUUGGCAUGGAGACAGAAGUAAUCAACCAACAGCUGGAGGCUUUUAAGGCUCUCCAGAAAGAGAACAUUGAACCACUACAGACGCAACUUCAGGAUAUCAACUCCCUUGGCCAGAGCCUCAUCCAGAACGCUGCUAACGGCACGAGCACUAAGAAGCUCGAGGACGACCUACAAGACACCAACUUCAAAUGGAAUACCCUCAAUAAAAAGAUCGCUGAACGAUCUGCUCAGCUGCAUGAAGCCCUGCUGCAUUGUGGGAGGUUUCAGGAUGCUCUCGAGUCCCUGCUCAGCUGGCUGACAGACACAGAAGAGCUUGUAGCCAACCAAAAACCGCCGUCCGCAGAGUUCAAAGUGGUGAAGGCCCAGAUACAAGAGCAGAAGCUCUUGCAGAGACUGCUGGAUGACCGAAAGCCGACCGUAGAGCUCAUAAAAAAAGAGGGCGGAAAGGUUGCAGAACUGGGAGAGUCCGUGGAUAAGGAAAAGGUUGCAAAAGAGAUUGAAGGCCUAGGGCAGAGGUGGGACACUCUGCUAAAGAAAGCUGAAAGCAGGCAAAGACAGCUGGAAAGCAUCUUAGUGGUCACUCAGCAGUUCCAUGAGACUCUGGAGCCUUUGAGUGAAUGGCUGGCAGCGACAGAAAAACACCUCGCCAACUCUGAGCCACUUGGCACUGAGACUUCUAAGCUAGAGGAUCAGAUUUCUCAGCAUAAGGCUUUAGAGGAGGAGAUUAUGAAUCACAGUAAAGACCUGUUUCAGGCUGUCAGUCUGGGUCAGAUGCUUAAAACCGUGACCUCUGUGGACGAUAAAGAGUUUGUUCAAUGCAAACUGGAAAACAUUCAGGCCGGUUAUAUAGAGCUCCAGGAGCGAUGCAGGAGGAAAGCAGACAUGCUGCACCAGGCUCUGGCAAACGCCCAGCUGUUUGGAGAGGAUGAGGUGGCCCUCAUGAACUGGCUCAACCAGGUGCACUCCAGGCUGAGCGAAGUGUCCGUGGAGGACUACAAAACAGACACGCUUGAAAAGCAACUGGCAGAACAACGGACCCUUCAAAGCGAGAUUGAGUUCCAGAAGAAGAAUGUUGAUCAAGCCAUCUUUAAUGGAGUGGAGCUGCUGAAACAAACAACAGGUGAUGAAGUUCUGACCAUUCAAGGAAAACUGGAUGGAAUAAAAACAAAGUAUGCUGAGAUAAACUCAAUGAGUGACAGCGUUUUGAAGACCCUAGAGCGGGUUUUGAGUCUGUCCUCCAAGCUGCAGCACACUCAUGAGGACCUGAGCGCCUGGCUGAAAAAAGCUGAAGCUGAGAUAAGCCUUUUUGCUGAACAGGAGCCUGUUGGCGAGCAGCUCAUUCACUCUCAAAAUAGGCAAAAGGCCUUGCUGAAAGAAACCAAGGACCAAAAACCAGUGGUGGACAAGCUGAAUGAGUUGAGCGGUUCCCUCCUGGACCUGAUCCCAUGGCACACCCGAGAGGGUUUGGACAAGCUGAUGAAAGAGGAUAACGAGCGCUAUAGAGCUGUGUGCGACGCCAUCACCUGGCAGGUCGACCAGCUCGACGCUGACAUCCUCAAAUCACAGCAGUUUGAGGAAGCAGCAGAUGCUGAGCUCUUAUGGCUGACUGAAGCUGAGAGAAAGCUGCUGUCAAUGGGUGAAAUCAGACUAGAGCAGGACCAGACAACGGCACAACUCCAAGCACAAAAGGUUUUCUCUAUGGACAUCAUGAGGCACAAAGAUGCUGUGGACGAGAUUGUAAAAACAGGAAAGAUGAUCAUGAGCAGCAAAAACGCAGAGGAAAAAGAGGCUUUGAAGGCCAAGACUGAGGCCAUCUUGGAAAAAUAUGGCAUCAUCAGUCAGCUGAAUUCAGAGCGCUACUUGCAGCUGGAGCGUGCUCAGUCUCUGGCCACACAGUUUUGGGAGACAUAUGAGGAGCUGUGGCCAUGGCUUCAGGAAACCAUAAGGUCCUUUGGCCAGCUUCCUGCGCCUGCCAUUGAGUUUGAUACACUCAGGCAACAGCAAGAAGAGCUCAGACAAAUGAGAGAGCUGAUCGCCGAGCACAAGCCACAUAUCGACAAGAUGAAUAAGACGGGGCCUCAGCUUCUUGAACUUAGCCCAGUGGAGGGUGCACCCAUCAGAGAGAAAUACACAGCUUCUGACAAACUAUACACCAAACUCAAAGCUGAUGUCACUCAGAGAGCUGCAACUCUGGAUGAAGCCAUCUCCAAAUCCACACAGUUCCAUGAUAAAAUUGACUCCAUGAUAGAAUCCUUGGAGCGGAUCGCUGAACGGCUCCGCAAACCUCCCUCCAUUUCGGUAGAAGUAGAGAAGAUUAAGGAGCAAAUGAAUGAAAACAAGGCUGUCUCUAUGGACCUGGAGAAGUUACAGCCUUCUUAUGAGACUCUGAAGCAGCGAGGUGAAGAGAUGAUCGCACGAUCCGAAGGACCAGACAAGGACCUAUCAGCCAAAGCCGUACAAGACAAACUGGACCAAAUGGUCUUCCUAUGGAGUGAUAUUCAAGCCUUGCUUGAGGAGCGAGAGGUGAAGCUCCUGGAUGUGAUGGACCUGGCAGAAAAGUUCUGGUGUGACCACUGUGCUCUCAUCGCCACCAUCAAAGACAGCCAGGACUUGCUGAAGGAGCUGGAGGAACCCGGGGUGGACCCUUCUGUCGUCAAGCAGCAACAGGAAUUUGUGGAGGGAUUUAAGGAAGAGCUUGAUGGGCUGCAAGAAGACCUUGAUGUGGUUAGAAAUCAGGGGGCGGAGCUUUUGACUGCCUGCGGGGAGCCUGACAAACCUGUCAUAAAGAAAAGUAUUGAUGAGGUCAAUUCAGCAUGGGAAAAUCUCAGUAAGACUUGGAAGGAGAGAGUAGAAAGACUGGAAGAGGCCAUGCAGGCUGCUGUGCUGUUUCAAGAUGGCUUGCAGGGGAUGUUCGACUGGGUGGAUAUUCUGGAGAGCAAACUGGAUUUAAUGUCCCCUGUAGGCACAGAUCUGGAGACGGUCAAGCAGCAGAUCGCAGAGCUCAAGGAGUUCAAAGGGGAGGCAUACCAGCUGCAGAUUGAGAUGGAGCGGUUGAACCACCAAGCAGGCCUGCUGCUAAAGAAGGUGACAGAAGAGGCUGAUCGGUGCACCAUUCAAGAUCCAAUGGCCGAACUCAAGAUGCUGUGGAACAACUUGGAUGAAAAAAUCAUCAGCCGACAGCACAAACUAGAGGGAGGACUUUUGGCUCUGGGCCAGUUCCAGCAUGCUCUGGAUGAGGUUCUGGCCUGGAUGAGCCACACUGAGGAGAUGCUCAGCGAACAGAAAAAGUCUGCAGGGGACCCCAAAGCCAUUGAGAUCGAGCUCGCCAAGCACAACAUCCUUCAAGCCGACGUGAUGGCUCAUAAGGCAACCGUGGAGACAGUGAACAAGGCAGGUAACGAACUGGUGGAGUCUAGUGCUGGAGAAGAAGCUUCCAGCUUGAAGAGUAAACUGGAGAACCUGAACCAGCGGUGGAAAGCCAUCUUGAAGAGGACCGAGCAGAGGAAGCAACAAUUGGAGUCUUCCCUCCUUCAGGCCCAGGGUUUCCAUGGUGAGAUAGAAGAUAUGCAGCAAUGGUUGAAAGACACAGAACGUCAGCUGUUGGCAUCAAAGGCUGUGGGAGGCUUACCAGACACAGCCCGGGAGCAGCUUAACGCCCAUCUGGAGUUGUGUUCCGCCCUCGAGGCCAAGGAGGAGCUCUAUCAGGAGCUGCUCAACAAGGGCACCCAACUGCUUGCACUGACACCUGAGAGCUCAGACAGCACCACAGAGCAAGACCUCACAAAUCUGAAGGAGAAAUGGGAAGCAGUACAGGCCAAAGUGGCUGAGAGGAAGAACAAACUAGAAGAAGCGUUAAAGUUGGCCACAGAUUUUCAUAAUUCCCUCCAGGACUUUAUGGUCUGGCUCACUCAGGCAGAGCAGACCCUGAACAUGGUCUCCCCUGCUUCCCUCAUUUUGGAGACUAUCUUGUUUCAGAUUGAUGAACAUAAGAUGUUUGUGACGGAGGUGAACUCCCACAGAGAGCACAUUAUUGAGCUGGACAAAGCAGGAACACAUCUAAAGUACUUCAGCCAGAAGAAGGAUGUGGUUCUGAUCAAGAACCUGCUGCUCAGCGUUCAGGGCCGCUGGGAGAAGCUGGUGCAAAAGUCUGUGGAGCGAGGCCGUCUGCUGGAUGACGCCAGAAAGAGGACGAAGCAGUUUCACGAAACCUUCAACAAACUGAUGGAGUGGUUGGAUGAGUCUGAGAGAACUCUGGACUCUGAAGUGGAAAUUGCCAACGAUCCAGACAAAAUCAAGACUCAGCUGGCUCAGCACAAGGAAUUCCAGAAGGCUCUGGGCAGCAAGCACUCUGUGUAUGACACCACUGCUCGAACAGGACGAGCUCUGAAAGACAAGACCUCGCUGCGAGAUGACCAUCAGAAGCUGGAUGACAUGCUGUGUGAGCUGAGAGACAAAUGGGACACUGUUUGUGGCAAGUCAGUUGAAAGACAAAACAAGCUGGAGGAGGCCUUGCUCUUCUCCGGUCAGUUUACAGACGCUCUCCAGGCUCUCAUCGACUGGCUUUACAAAGUGGAGCCCCAGCUUGCUGAAGACCAGCCCGUCCAUGGAGACAUAGACCUGGUUCUUCAUUUGAUAGACAACCACAAGGUUUUCCAAAAGGAGCUGGGAAAGCGGACAGUCGGCGUGCAGGCUCUCAAACGCUCAGCGAGGGAGCUGAUAGAAAACACUCACGAUGACUCCUCAUGGGUUAAGGUCCAAAUGCAGGAGCUAAGCACUCGCUGGGAGACAGUGUGCAACCUCUCUGUGUCCAAGCAGGGCCGACUGGAGCAGGCCCUGUGCCAGGCAGAGGAGUUCCACUCCACAGUUCAUAUCCUGCUGGAGUGGUUAGCUGAAGCAGAGCAGAGUUUGCGUUUCCAUGGCAGUCUGCCUGAUGAAGAGGAAACAUUGCUGGGGCAAAUCGAACAACAUAAGGAGUUCAUGAAAAAGUUGGAGGAAAAGCGAGUAUCUGUGAAUAAAGCGACUAGCAUGGGGGAGGCCAUUAUUAGCAUCUGCCAUCCAGACUCCAUCACAACCAUCAAGCACUGGAACACCAUUAUUAAAGCCCGCUUUGAAGAGGUGCAGGCAUGGGCCAGGCAACACCAGCAACGACUGAAUUUGGCCCUCAAAGAACUGUUAGCCACGCAGGAGCUGCUGGAGACUCUUCUCAAUUGGCUGCAGUGGGCCGAGGCCAACAUCAGCAAUAAAGACAUGGAGAUACUGCCUCAGGAAAUUGAAGAGAUCAAAACCCUUAUAGCAGAGCAUCAGGUCUUCAUGGAAGAAAUGACCAGGAAGCAACCAGACGUUGAUAAAAUCACCAAAACACACAAAAGGAAGGCAGCUGCAGAGCCACCGAUCCAGUCUCAGAUUCCUGUGCUCAACAAAGGAAGAACUGGAAGAAAACGCUCUCCCACUCAAGCAAUGUAUGCGUCAACAACACAAACUCCCAUAGAAACCAAGAACCCACGGGUCAACCUGCUGGUCUCCAAAUGGCAGCAUGUGUGGCUUUUGGCUUUGGACAGAAGGAGGAAACUGAAUGAUGCUUUGGACAGACUGGAGGAGUUAAAGGAAUUUGCCAACUUUGACUUUGAUGUGUGGCGAAAGCGCUACAUGCGAUGGAUGAACCAUAAAAAGUCUCGGGUCAUGGACUUCUUCCGCCGCAUUGACAAAGAUCAAGAUGGCAAAGUGACCCGGCAGGAGUUCAUAGAGGGUAUCUUGUCAUCAAAAUUUCCUACCAGUCGUCUGGAGAUGAGCGCUGUGGCAGACAUUUUUGAUCGAGACGGUGACGGAUACAUUGACUAUUACGAGUUUGUAGCUGCGCUACAUCCCAACAAAGAUGCUUACAAGCCACUAACAGAUGCUGACAAGAUUGAAGAUGAGGUUACACGCCAAGUGGCAAAGUGCAAAUGUCCAAAGCGAUUCCAGGUAGAGCAAAUUGGAGCAAACAAAUACAGGUUCUACCUUGGAAACCAGUUUGGUCUGGUUCACUGCUUACAUGACUCCUUAAUCGGCGAUGAGACAGUAGCAAACAGGGAAAAUCAAAAUCUUACCCCCCACCUACACGUUGCAGUUUUGGAAAGCUGUAUUCUGUUUGGAGACUCUCAGCAAUUGCGCCUUGUGCGAAUUUUGCGCAGCACGGUGAUGGUGCGAGUAGGAGGAGGCUGGAUGGCUCUGGAUGAGUUCUUGGUAAAGAACGACCCCUGUCGUGUUCAUCACUACGGGAGCAAAAUGUUGCGCUCGGAAUCAAACUCUUCAAUUACUCAGUCUCCUAUAGGUUGGCAAAUAUCACACUUUCUCUCCUUGCUCCAUGAACCCACCAGUGCAAAAGGCCGGACCAAUGUAGAACUACGAGAGAAAUUCAUCCUCCCAGAAGGAACUACGCAGGUGAUGGCAAGCUUCCGCUACAGAGGACGCAGGUCUCGGCCGUCGUCCAGGGGAGCCUCUCCCAAUAGAUCCACCUCCAGUCAGAGUUGCCUCAUCCCGGUGAACCAAGCAACAACCAACACAGCCAAGGUUCGAGAGAUUCCAGCCUCUCCACAGAUUAGUGCUGCACUCUCAAGCAAUCCCUCCCUGUUCUGGUCUCAUGUACCUGACUCUACUCCCCAACACAUAACCCGCAAUUAUGAUAAGCCAUGGCUUACAAACAGCAAACCCUCCACUCCUCUUAAAUCAUCAGAGUCCUUUGAAAGCCAAGGUUCAUCCUCUGAGAGCACAACAGUACAGGGCAGCAAACUGCGUCUUCCUGGUUAUUUAUCGGGGAAAGGGUUUCAGUCGGCUGAGGAGGGAACCUUGAUCAACGCUGCUGUGCUGAAAGCUCGAACACAAAUGGCGGGAGAGCCCAAGAAAAGUUCAAGCCGACCAGGAAGUAAAGCCGGAAGCAGAGGAAGCAGUCGCAGAGGAAGUGAUGCCUCCGAUUUUGACAUCUCAGAUAUCCAGUCUGUGUGCUCUGAUGCAUCUGAGACAGUCGGUGAGUCCGCUCGAGGGACGCCUCGAUCCUCUGCUCGCCAGCAAGGAGGGAAACCCUCCAAAAUUCCCACUCCCCAAAGAAGAUCCACUCCCACAAGCAAACUGGCCAAGGUAUCCAAGCGGCCUUAAGACAAGCAGCCCAAGAGCUAAUUGCACCCCAAUAAAAAAAUAGACACUGGAGAUGUCUAACUGAAAAACUGCAAAUGUUCUGAGUGUUAUUUAAAUUGUUGCAAAGAUGUAAAUUAUUCUGUUAAGAGGCAAAAUGAUUUUACGUUAAGUGAGAAUGGAAUGUCAAAGGCCUUCUGUAUUUUUUUCAUGUACAUUAUUUUUGUGUGAAAAUAUCAAAAUGUUUUUUUAUUGUAUUUUAUUUUAUUUAUGUGAAUCCUGUCGAUUUUUCAUAAACACUAGAAAAUCUAGGAAUGACCCUGUUGAACUGUUAAUUAACAUUUCAUCACACUAAUGAAGGACAGUUCACAGGCUAACGCUUGGAGAGUUACUGGACGUACUGUAAUUUAAGUUUUUGAUGUGUGGAGUUGCACUGCAAUUACCUAUUUAAGUGGUAUGUUAUACUACCAACUUGCAUUUAAUGUGCAAUGCAAUAUGCUAAAAUAAGCCCUUGUAAGCACUGCAGAAACCUUGGAAAAUCUCCUUUUUAGAAGAGAGUAGCAGAAACCGUGUAAUCCUGAAGCUUUCAAGUCAUGUUUGUCUGUCAGCCGCUGCAGCCCUUCCUCAGAUCCACCUCUGCUCUGCAAUGUGUGGCCUUCAUGAAGUGCCACUCCAUGUAGCCAUUCUCUGUGUUCAUGUCAAUGUAUGGUUAAUUUGGGUAGAGCUGAAAUUGUUACUGUAAAACUACUUUGUAAUAAACCUGCUUGCAGAAAGCCUCCGGAAAAUGCUGGCGACUA